UUCGUUUUCCCUCUCCUUCGUCUCCUUGGAGGGAAAAACUUCCGAACCAAAACAAUCCCCCGCAAAGCCUCUUCCCUCCGCUCUCCCUUCUCCACCGGCUAGGGCUUUUCCGGCCUCGCUCCACCUCCGGUUUCCUCGCCCGCUUCCGGUGCCGGCGGAGCCGAGAUCGCUCCGGUUUCCUUCGCCCGGGACGACCUCCUCCGGCCGCUGCUGCUCCCGGAGUCCUCGUUUCUUGCCAUUUUUUUCCUCCGUCUCGACCGCGAUUCUGGGGGGAAUUCGAGCCAGCAUCAGCUCAGUUAGUAGUUUUCACAAGAUUCUUGGAACCCAACUGAUACAGCACUUAUUUCUUGGGUCUGGGAACGGAGUUGACUGUUUCUAAAGUAUUUUCUCUAAACUGGAAGUGGCAUAUCACACUGGAGAAUUCUACCGGGUAGAACGAUGCAAAAUAAGAGAAAAGGAUCUGCAAGAAUCGCUGCUAGAGAUCACGCCAGUCCUAGAGUAUCAAGAGCUCAGAAGUCAUGUUCUGAAAAUGCGCAAAUAGCUCAUAAGAAAGCAUCGCAGCUGAUUACAUCCUCACCUAGAAGGCAACGGAGCUCUGGCAUUCCUCAGAAGAAGAACGAUACUUCCCUUGCUUUGAAGAGCGAGAAUCGAAGAAGCAGGCUCAGUUCAGAUGCUUGUUUGGACCGUGAUGUGACUGAGGAUGCUUCUUUCGAUUGUAAGGGUCCUCAAGAGGGAGCUGCUCAUGUUGUUUUGGAGACUAUUUUUUCUCCUGCUUUUCAUUCAUCUAGAAAUGGUGACAGGGAGCUUGCUGAUGAAGAAAACUCGGUCACAUUCUAUCAAAUUGAGCAAGAAAUAAAUCAUCAUCGGCGUGGCUCGGAGCAGUUGCAAGUUGAUGUGCAGAAUGGUCAUGUUGUUCAUGAAAAUUCAGGAUGCUAUUCGGUGGACGAGAAGAGUUUUUGUGAGAAUAACUUAACUUCAAUGAGUAUGACUUGCUCAAAUUAUGCGGAGAUGGACCAAAAUAUGUCCUCAGAAAAUUCAGAUGCUGACAAUGGGGAUAUGAUGCUUAGUCUAGAUACUAAUGCUUUAAGUUCUCAGUACAGUAUGGAUAUUGAAGGAGCCAGCCUUUCAUCUGAAGUUUCGGCCAUAUAUUUUGCCAUGAAAAACUCCAAGCUUGAAUGUGUUGAUGAGCAUGGUCAAGAUACUAUUACUACAGACGUAUGUGUGGAAGAUGAUGAUUAUGAUGAGCUUGAUGACUUUGACCCAUAUUUUUUCAUAAAAAACUUGCCAGACUUGUCCUCUGUUGUCCCAACAUUUCGGCGAAUGUUGCUACCUAAGCAGACCAGAAGUUGUCCUUCGACCACUCUUGUUUUGGACUUGGAUGAAACUUUGGUGCAUUCCACACUAGAACCUUGUGAGGAGGCAGAUUUCACGUUUCCAGUUAAUUUUAAUCUUCAAGAGCAUACUGUCUAUGUUCGUUGCCGUCCUCAUCUAAGAGAUUUUAUGGAGAGAGUCUCUGGUCUUUUUGAGAUAAUAAUAUUCACAGCAAGUCAGAGUAUAUAUGCGGAACAGCUUCUCAAUGUGCUCGACCCGAAAAGGAAAGUGUUUCGUCACCGUGUCUAUCGUGAUUCCUGUGUUUAUGUGGAGGGAAAUUACCUAAAAGACUUAUCCGUCCUCGGUCGUGACCUGGCACAUGUCAUCAUCAUUGAUAAUUCUCCGCAGGCAUUUGGAUUCCAAGUGGAUAAUGGAAUACCCAUCGAGAGCUGGUUUGACGAUCAAGCGGAUCAAGAGUUACUACGGCUACUGCCGUUUUUGGAGAGCUUAGUUGGCGUCGAAGAUGUCCGGCCUUUUAUUGCAAAGAAAUACAAUCUCCAGGAGAAAAUAGCUGCUGCCGUCUAUCCUCUAAACACGAGGAGGGGCGAUCCUUUCGAGAGGAUAGGUUCCUCCUCCAGCGUAAAACUUCUUACCUGCGCACGUCCGAACACCUCCCUUACGACGCGAACACUCUCUCUCUCUCUCUCUUCGAAGAAAGCUCCUCAUCGAUUCUCACGCACAGGAAGCGAAGGAGCAACCAAACGCCUCUCUGAUUCGAGCCGCAUAGCUGAAGCUGGUUCUCGGUUUUGUUUGGUGACCCAGAUGGAGUCCGAGAACGGCCAGACCAAGACGAGUCGCCCGCUGAAGCACCUCGGGUUCGUCAGGCUCGCCGCGGUCCAUGCUCUGGCCUUCGUGUCGGGACUGUACGACCGGGCGAAGCACAACUGCGGGCCCCUGAGAUCGGCGGUGACCACCGUGGAGGGAGCCGUGACGGCCGUCGUGGGGCCUGUCUACGAGAAGUUCAGGGCCGUGCCGGAGGAUCUCCUCGUGUUCGCCGAUCGGAAGGUCGAUGAAGCGACAGACAAAUUCGACAAGCAUGCGCCUCCCGUUGCCAAGUACGUUGCUUGUGAAGUCCAUCACUUGAUUCUGAAGACGGCAGAGAAGGCUCAGAGACUCGUGAACGAGGCUCAAACGGGAGGACCGCAUGCAGCUCUGCACUACGCUGCUACGGAGUCGAAGCAGGUCCUCCUGGACCAAAGCGUGAAGGUCUGGAUUAGGCUUAACAAGGUUCAGCCCUUGCACAUGGUAGUGGACAUGACCGUGCCGACAGCUGCUCGCUGGUCGAAGAAGUACAACCAUGUCGUCAUGGACAUUAGGCAGAAGGGCUAUCCUGUGAUUGGCUACUUGCCGCUGGUCCCCACUGAUGAGAUCGCCGAGGCAUUUAAAUGCUGCGAAGCGGAGAAGAAAGGUGAGGUCGAGGUUCCACAUAAGUCUGUGUCGAGUUCAGAGUCGGAUUGAUUGCUUGCUGUGCUGCACGGGGCUUGGUUUGCGAUAAUCUUAGUGGCUUGUAGGUUAAAAGGGGAAAAAAUGUCCUGUCUGAAUGUCGUGAAGCCGAUUUGAAGUGUGAUGUAAAAGACAACUGGACCUCGUUUUUCUCUCUUCAUAUGGGUGAAUGUGAAUAAUUACGUUGAUCAAAUGGGAUUCUUCCCAAAUGUUAAGCUCA